AUGCCCACAACUUUCUGCGCUGCGGACAAAGAGCUGAAGUUAUUGUGGGAUACUAUAUCCUCUGCCAAGGCACAACAGUUUUAUGCCCACCACAACAUCAAAUGGAAAUUCAUCGCCCCCCGAGCGGCUUGGUGGGGAGGAUGGUGGGAAAGAAUGAUUGGCUCAAUUAAGCGAUGCCUUCGGAAAACAUUAGGUAAGGCUCUUUUGGAUGACGCUGGUUUGAUCACUGUAUUAUGUGAUAUUGAAGCCGCUCUUAACAGUAGACCGAUUGUCCACGAAUAUGGAAUAAAAGAUGACUCUGAGGAAGCUUUAACACCCUCGCACUUCCUCAUAGGAAAGAAAUUAACCACUAUUCCUUCCAGCCCCACAAAUCCUGAAACAAAUUUAAAUCAUAUGUGGAAAAAUCGUCAACAUUUGAUGGACUUGCGUACAUUUCAUCAAGUGCGGAAUCCAUCUGAAACAAAUAAAAUACGGAAAGGGGACAUUGUCCUACUACAAGAAGAUGUUAGACCUCGCCACACCUGGAAGAAGGCCCGUGUUGAGGAGCUAAUCCUUGGCCGCGACAAAAGAGUCCGUACUUGUGUUCUGCGCACCAAUGGACAUACCAUUACCCGACCUGUGCAGCUGGUCAUCCCCCUGGAGGUUGACCAGGGUGGGGAGGAUGUUGCGGCAAAGCCAGCGAACUAUUAA